AUGGAGACAAAGAAUAUCAACAACGAUAAGGAACAUCAACAACGAAAAGGAAUAUCAACAAGGACAAGGACCGUCAACAAAGACAAGGAAAAUCUACAAAGACAAGGAACAUCAACAAAGACAGGGAACAUCAACAAAGACAAGGAACAUCAACAAAGACAAGGAAUAUCAACAAAGACAAGGAACAUCAACACAGACAGGGGACAUCAACAAAGACAGGGAACAUCAACAAAGACAGGGAACAUCAACAAAGACAAGGAACAUCAACAAAGACAAGGAAUAUCAACAAAGACAAGGAACAUCAACAAAGACAGGGAACAUCAACAAAGACAAGGAAUAUCAACAAGGACAAGGAAUAUCAACAAAGACAAGGAACAUCAACAACGACAAGGAACAUCAACAAAGACAAAUAACAUCAACAACGACAAGGAACAUCAACAAAGACAAGGAACAUCAACAAAGACAGGGGACAUCAACAAAGACAUCGAACAUCAACAAAGACAAGGAAUAUCAACAAAGACAAGGAACAUCAACACAGACAAGGAACAUCAACACAGACAGGGGACAUCAACAAAGACAAGGAACGUCAACAAAGACAAGGAACAUCAACAAAGACAAGGAAUAUCAACAAAGACAGGAAACAUCAACAAAGACAAGGAACAUCAACACAGACAAGGAACAUCAACACAGACAGGGGACAUCAACAAAGACAAGGAACAUCAACACAGACAAGGAACAUCAACACAGACAGGGGACAUCAACAAAGACAAGGAACAUCAACACAGACAAGGAACAUCAACACAGACAGGGGACAUCAACAAAGACAGAGAACAUCAACACAGACAGGGGACAUCAACAAAGACAAGGGACAUCAACAAAGACAAGGAACAUCAACACAGACAAGGAACAUCAACACAGACAGGGAACAUCAACAAAGACAAGGAACCUCAACAAAGACAGGAAACAUCAACACAGACAGGGGACAUCAACAAAGACAAGGAACAUCAACAAAGACAAGGAACAUCAACAAAAACAAGGAACAUCAACAAAGACAAGGAACAUCAACAAAGACAAGGAACAUCAACACAGACAGGGGACAUCAACAAAGACAGAGAACAUCAACACAGACAGGGGACAUCAACAAAGACAGGAAACAUCAACACAGACAAGGAACAUCAACACAGACAGGGGACAUCAACAAAGACAAGGAACAUCAACAAAGACAAGGAACAUCAACAAAAACAAGGAACAUCAACACAGACAGGGGACAUCAACAAAGACAAGGAACAUCAACACAGACAAGGAACAUCAACACAGACAGGGGACAUCAACAAAGACAAGGAACAUCAACACAGACAAGGAACAUCAACACAGACAGGGGACAUCAACAAAGACAGAGAACAUCAACACAGACAGGAGACAUCAACACAGACAAGGAACAUCAACACAGACAAGGAACAUCAACACAGACAAGGAACAUCAACACAGACAAGGAACAUCAACACAGACAGGGGACAUCAACAAAGACAGGAAACAUCAACACAGACAGGGGACAUCAACAAAGACAGAGAACAUCAACACAGACAAGGAACAUCAACAAAGACAAGGAAUAUCAACAAAGACAAGGAACAUCAACACAGACAAGGAACAUCAACAAAGACAGGGAAUAUCAACAAAGACAGGCAACAUCAACAAAGACAAGGCACAUCAACAAAGACAAGGAACAUCAACAAGGACAAGGAACACCAACAAAGACAAGGCACAUCAACAAAGACAAGGAACAUCAACAAAGAUAGGAAACAUAAAAAAAGACAGGAAAUAUCAACAAAAACAGGGAACAUCAACAAAAACAGGUAA